GAUGUUCCUCCACCUCUAGCGAACACUGUGUUGAUUUUAAGCGGCGGAUGGUCGUGUGUCGGAGCUAUUUCGAAGCGAAGCGAAGGGAAGACGACAAACAAAAAGUAAAGUGCAGCAACUGGCUGCAAAGUUGAAAAGGCAGAAAAUCAAAUCUUUGUAACCGUUGAAUGUUAGCCUGCCUAACUAUCUACACUUGCAAAUCAAAUCAAACCAAUCAGUCUCAUUGAUAAAUCGAAUAACACGCAAUUUUAGACGCUAUUAAACUGCCUGCCAUUGCUUCUUCUUUUUCCCGCUCUCUGUCUCUAUUUUUUCUUGUUUGUAUAUCUCUUUCUACGGCUCACGCACAGGUUGUCCAACUGUCAAUCAAAAAUGUGAAAUAACUAUUUUGAAACACUUAUCCAUGGCACAUUGUACACUUGGAACUCUAAUCACAGCAACUUUAAAACCUAAUGAAAGAGUUAAAUAAAAUCGAAAUUCCUUAAAAUAUUAAAUUGAUAAAUCAUAAUUUUAAAAUCUCCAAAAUUUCUCAAAUAUUAUCUUUAAAAACAUAAAUCUUUAACAAAGGACAACAAAAAUAAAAACAAGUUUGCUAAUUUGACAAAAACCCGAGUCGGAUAACCAAAUAUUUUAAACAAGAUUGAAUUUAUAAUUGUAUGCAAAAUAAUACCUCUAAAAAUUUGUCCCGGGAGCGAGCCAGCGAGGCAGCGGCAGCCACACAGACAGCAGCAGCGACAGCGGGAGGGGCGACUGCCACAUCCGCGGGAGGAUCGGGUGGAGGACCUGUGGCAGCGAUAACAUCGGCGGCUGGUGGUGCCACUUCUGGGUCCGGAGCAAACUCCGCGAACACGAACAGCAAUUCCUCGGCCUCAUCCAGCACAGUGGCAGCUGCACAGGCGGCUGUCUACAGCGGCGGCAACACGGUGACCGGCAGUUUGGGCAGCGGCGGGGUGGCGGCUCGUGGCUUCCGCAGCCACAGUCCCACCCACCGACGCCGCAGUCGCGAACGCCAACGGCGCACCCAUGGCUCUGAUCAGGGCGGCCUGCUGGCCUACAGCGGUCUCGGAGUGACCGACAUGACGGAUUUCAUGGGGCCACUGCAAGGUGGAGGGGGAGGAGGAAGCGCCGGCACAGGCAGCGGCCUGGAGGACUCCCGGCUGUCCGGGAACGAGGACUACUACUCCUCCUUUGUGUCAGACGAGUUCGACGGCAGCAAGAAGGUCCACCGCCGCUGCCAUGAACGCAGCUCUAGCGCCCAGGCCAUAGACCGAUUGAACACAAAGAUCCAAUGCACCAAGGAGUCCAUCCGCCAGGAGCAAACUGCCAGAGAUGAUAAUGUCAAUGAGUAUCUGAAGCUGGCAGCCAGCGCAGACAAACAGCAGCUGCAGCGUAUCAAGGCUGUCUUUGAGAAAAAGAACCAGAAGAGCGCACACAACAUUUCGCAGCUGCAAAAAAAGCUGGACAACUACACAAAAAGGGCCAAGGAUCUGCAGAAUCAUCAGUUCCAGACGAAGAGCCAGCACCGUCAGCCUCGUGAAGUCCUGCGGGAUGUGGGCCAGGGACUCCGCAAUGUAGGGGGCAAUAUCCGCGAUGGCAUCACCGGCUUCUCGGGGUCCGUGAUGUCCAAGCCAAGGGAGUUUGCGCAUCUGAUCAAGAACAAGUUUGGUAGCGCCGACAACAUCAACCAGAUGAGCGACGCCGAGCUGCAGGGCAUGCAGUCCACAAAUGCCGACGUAUUGGCGGGCAGUGAGCGACUGCAGCAAGUGCCAGGAGCCGGUACCUCAACGGGUUCGGGUGGCGGUGGACAGAACAACAACAUAGGUGGAGCGGGCAGCGGUACGGGAAAAUUUAACAGUGACAAUGGCAGUGAAUGCAGUAGCGUGACCAGCGAAAGUAUACCAGGAGGGUCUGGCAAAAGCCAGUCUGGUGCCAGCCAAUACCACAUAGUGCUCAAGACAUUGCUAACAGAGCUGGCCGAGCGAAAGGCCGAGAACGAGAAGCUUAAGGAACGCAUCGAACGGCUGGAGACGGGCCAAAAGGAAUUCAACAAUUUGACCGCCACACUCGAAAGUGAACGCUAUCGUGCCGAGGGACUCGAGGAGCAAAUCAACGACUUGACGGAAUUACAUCAGAAUGAAAUUGAGAAUCUGAAGCAAACGAUUGCCGACAUGGAGGAGAAAGUACAAUACCAAAGCGAUGAAAGACUACGUGACGUCAACGAAGUGCUCGAGAACUGUCAAACGAGGAUAUCAAAAAUGGAGCACAUGUCGCAGCAACAAUAUGUCACCGUCGAGGGCAUUGAUAAUUCCAAUGCACGAGCCUUGGUUGUGAAACUCAUCAAUGUGGUAUUAACGAUAUUGCAAGUGGUUCUCCUGCUGGUGGCCACUGCUGCAGGCAUCAUAAUGCCUUUUCUGAAAACUAGGAUUCGCGUUCUUACCACAUUUUUGUCUAUUUGUUUUGUCAUAUUUGUGAUACGACAGUGGCCGGAUGUUCAGGAUAUUGGGUCCGGCCUUGUGAGACAUCUGAAGCAAUCGCUGGUGGUCAAGUGAACUUGGUCAGAUUGGUGGCCACCAUCUCAUCUACCGAGUGGUUCAUACGUUAUUUAGUUAGACUAAGUUAUAAAGUGCAUAUUUUGUAUAUAGCUUAUCAAUAACGAUUACUACAAUUAUUUUUAACUGAAAUUGUAUCAAUUAUCAAUACGAACACACACUAUCGAGAAACUGUACAAAACAUCCAUACUCCUACGUCUUAUCACACACCUAAUCAUCACACCACACUCUCGCAUAAAAUGUAGCAAAAUUGAUUUAAACUAUGUAAUAACUUAAAAAUGCUGACAUGUCUCCGUGCAUUACUCAACUAUAUUUGAACAUACAUCAUAUAUGUAUAAUCUAUAAAAAAUAUUUACAUUACUAUAAAACAAAUUGAAAUUAUAUAAUAUUAAACUUUGUAUAAGUCGGAAAUUUAUUCACCAUCGGAAAACUUAAAUAACAGGGUUUGCCAGUCCCGAAAA